GAGAGAGACAGAGACACGUCGUAAUUUUCCAUGACGUGGAACGCCCCCCUCCCCCUUCUACCAAGAGUAUACUAUAUAUAAAGACGAAGACUAGUCAACCAGCCAUUUCACAUCGGCCCCGGCUGCUACGACCUUCACCGAGCGCUCACAGAUACAGCUAUGAAGACUGUCGGGAUUAUUGGCUGUGGAGCGGCUGGACUCUGCGCUGCUCGACAGGUUCUAGCAACCGGGAAAUUCGUACCGAUAGUAUGGGAACAAUCAUCGGGCGUUGGAGGAACCUGGAGGUAUAAUCCAGACACAGGAAAAGACGAGAAUGGCUUGCCUAUCCACUCGAGCAUGUAUAAAAAUCUCAAAACAAACCUGCCCAAGGAAGUUAUGGGAUUUCCUGACUUCCCAUUUCCCAAAGGAGGAGAGUCCUUCGUCCACCACACCAAAGUUGUAGAGUACCUUCAGGAUUAUGCAGACCAUUUCAACCUUGAACCCAGGAUAAAGUUCGAACAUUUCGUCGAAAAGGUCGAGCCUUUGGAGCAGAAGGAUGGAUUCCCACAAUGGGCCGUCACGGUGAAGGAUCUGAAAGAGGGCACCUCCUCCCAGACCAUUUGCCAGGCUAUCAUCGUCUGUAACGGCCAUUACUCCAUUCCUCGGAUGCCUACUCUUCCGGGAAUAGAAGACUUCAAGGGACGCCAGAUGCACAGUCAUAAUUACAGAGAACCAACCCCCUUCGCAGGAGCGACUGUGCUGGUUUUGGGUGGCGGGGCUUCCGGCAUUGACAUAUCUCUGGAGAUUUCCACAGUAGCUAAACAGGUUAUCCUGUCGCACAACUUGCCUUCGCCACUCAAAUCCGAAUUGCCUGCAAAUAUGAAACAGGUGAAAGGCGCAGUGAAAGCUUCCAGCGACGGAUUCACUCUCAUCGACGGGACAUUUGUAGAGGCCGAUUUCAUCCUUUAUUGCACCGGUUAUCAUUAUUCCUUCCCCUUCCUGGACGAUGACUGUGGUAUCCAGAUCGAGAAUAACCAAGUCAGACCUCUCUACAAACAUCUCAUCAACGCCAAAAUGCCCUCCAUGGCAUUUCUAGGAGUUCCCUUCCAAAUAUGCCCCUUCCCAUUCUUUGACUUCCAGUCACGCUUCUUCAUGAAAGUCAUGACGGGGGAACUAGCCCUUCCAGACAAAAGCCAGAUGGAGGCCGAAAUUGAAGAUGAAAGAGAAGGGAGACUAAGCAGCGGCGUCCCUUCCAAGCACUUCCACAACAUGAGCACGACGCAGUGGCAGUACGCGAAAGACAUGUCGGUUCUGGCAGACUUGGAGUACACCGAUCCUGUCAUCGAGAAGCUCUUCACCUAUGUCAGACAGACGAGAAAUCAGACGCUGCAGACUUACAAACAGGCGAGAUACGUCAUCACGGGACCGGAAACGUUCGAGAGCUGUUAAGAAUUAAAAGACCUGUUGUUUCUGAUGAAGUCGGCAUAGUAUGCUGGUUUGUUUCUUGCUCUUGGGGCAGUUGAUUGGUACUAGGCCUAUAGCAAGAUCCCCUAAAGCAUUCGACAGGUAUUAGGCCUAUAGCAAAAACCCCCUAGAGCAUUCGAUAGAUACUAGGCCUAUAGCAAGAUCCCCUAGAGCAUUCUAUAGGUACUAGGCCUAUUGCAAUAUCCCCUAGAGCAGUCGAUAGGUACUAGACCUAUAAUGUUUCACUCAAAUACAAACCAGGAAUAAGCCGCCUCAGGCAUUCUCGAGAAUAUUUUAACCCCAGCUACUGUAGCCAAGCAUCAGCUUUCAAAGAAAAUUUCACUGCAUUUCUCUAGUGUUGAAAAGUACAAAACAUCCCAAGGCAUGGAUCAUCCGAGCUUCAAAGGUCUUUUGUCAAGUGGUCCAAUGAUUUUUUUUUUUUACAAUUAUUUAUGAAAUAUGCAAAACGUUUUGUUCUGUCGGACUCAUAUGAGAAACAUCAUAGUCGUCUUCAUGUUACAAUGAGCGUUGUCAUAAUUUUUCUAGCCUGCAUAUGAUAAUGUUUUAAAUAUAUAUGUAUAUCACUGUACUAAAAUACAAAUCUCCCAAAACUACCUAAUUAUUAAUAAAUAAAUAAUUUUCAGUUAUUCA